AUGACACAACUCCCAUAUGCGAUCGACGCCGAAACGCCGCUCAACCCAGCUGAGCUGGCAGUUCUCCGGGCACAGUACGAGAAGGAAGGCGAUAUGGUCGGCGUACAGACAAAAUUCAACUACGCAUGGGGCCUCGUAAAAUCAAACACCCGCUCCGAUCAACAUCUCGGCGUAUUGCUGCUGUCCGAAAUCUUUCGGACGUCGCCCGAGCGGCGGCGCGAGUGCCUCUACUACCUCGCCCUGGGCAACUACAAGCUGGGCAACUACGGCGAGGCGCGGCGGUACAACGACCUCCUCCUUGACAAGGAGCCCGGGAAUCUGCAGGCGACCAACCUGCGGUCGCUGAUCGACGACAAGGUGGCCAAGGAGGGGCUGAUGGGCGUGGCCAUUGUGAGCGGCGUCGCCGUCGUCGCUGGUAUCGUGGGCGGCGUGCUACUCCGGAACCUUGGCCGGAAGAGAUGA